AUGGCUAAAGAACGGAAACCUAUUGCUACUCGCACGAGAAAUCGUACAAAAUCUCAAGACGAUAGCAGUAGCGCACCUCUUCGCUCUGCUCCCAUUUCUUCAGCAGAAUCAUCGCCAAAUGUUGAGAAUCCACCUAAUGUCAAACAUAAAAAGGUCGAUAAAAAGUCUAAAAAGAAAAAAAGUCGAAAGCAUAAAGGCAAAGGCAAGAGCAAAGACAAAAACUACAAAAAAGAUCCUGAAUUCAGAGAGCUGCAAUACGAGCUGCCCUAUUUACCGAAAUCUAAUCUCGACAUCUAUUUGCAAGAACUACAACAAUUACCAUCAUCUUUCCUACGAGGCACCACAUCCGAGAAGAGACGAGACAUUCUUAGAAACGACCAAGAUGCAUACUAUGAUAAAACUCGCUUUCGUCCAGUAGAUGAUUCUGAGGACGGCUUACGCUUUUUGACGAAAGAUGAUAUGAGUCAUCAUAACAAGAGCAGAGACUACUCUGUCUGUUUACAUCGAGCCUUUAUUAAAAAACGAUACUUGUCAGAUCAAGAGUGUAUGCAUCUGGCUCAAUAUGUCGACUGCGGCUUCUACACGCAAUCACUUCAAGAACUGGCGACGCUCAUCAAGGACGAAUUGUACAUGUAUCGCAUUGACUUUACUCAAAGACAUCUCCAUCAUAUACGCACAAUGAACAUAACGGAAGAAGCUUUUUUAAGUAAUGAAAAGGGCCUGCAAGAGGUUCUGGAGCAACAGCUGAACGAGGACUACCUAAAGUAUUUCUGGGGCAGCUGGAUCGUUCAACCCUUUGUUGACCCAGUAUCGUUCUUUUCAAUCAGAGGAAAUAAAAAUUUGCUUGCCAAAUUGACAGCUAAAACACUGAUAGAGCAUUUGAAGUACUUUUUUAAUAUCAUUACGACAAAAAAACUGAACGAAGAGCUAAAGAAGAUGGACAAGAUUUCCAUAGACAUCAUUCUUCCUCCGCCUCCACCACCACCACCUUCUCCUUGA